GCCAUGGCGGCGGCUGCUGCAGCUACAGAUCUGUGUCCGGAGGCCGCAGUCGCGGAUGAAGCUGCGAAUCCUCUUUGGGUGCCGCCGGAGCACAGCUUGGCUGGGGCAACAACCCGGCCGGGCGAGGACCAAGAUGCACCGGUGCGGCCGCUGUGCAAGCCCCGCGGCAUAUGCUCACGCGCCUACUUCUUGGUACUGAUGGUGUUCGUGCACCUGUACCUAGGCAACGUGCUGGCUCUACUGCUCUUCGUUCACUACAGCAACGGCGAUGAGAGCACGGAUCCCGGACCCCAACGCCGCGCCCAAAGCCCCCGGCCCAAGUCAACUUUGGGCCCCCUCACCCGCCUCGAGGGCAUUAAGGUGGGGUACGAGCGUAAGGUCCAGCUGGUUACCGACRGGGAUCACUUCAUCCGAACUCUCAGCCUGAAGCCGCUGCUCUUCGAAAUUCCUGGCUUCCUGAGUGACGAGGAGUGUCGGCUCAUCAUCCAUCUGGCACAGAUGAAGGGAUUACAGCGCAGCCAGAUCCUGCCCACUGAAGAAUAUGAAGAAGCAAUGAGCAGUAUGCAGGUCAGCCAGCUGGACCUCUUCCGGCUGCUGGACCAGAACCACGAUGGUCGCCUGCAGCUCCGAGAGGUACUGGCCCAGACUCGCCUGGGAAAUGGACGGUGGAUGACUCCAGAGAAUAUUCAGGAGAUGUACUCCGCGAUCAAAGCAGAUCCCGAUGGUGAUGGAGUGCUGAGUCUGCAGGAGUUUUCUAACAUGGACCUUCGGGACUUCCACAAGUACAUGAGGAGCCACAAGGCGGAGUCCAGUGAGCUGGUGCGGAACAGCCACCACACAUGGCUCUACCAGGGUGAGGGUGCCCACCAUGUCAUGCGUGCCAUCCGCCAGAGGGUGCUGCGCCUCACUCGCCUGUCACCUGAGAUCGUGGAGCUCAGCGAGCCACUGCAAGUUGUGCGGUAUGGUGAGGGAGGCCACUACCAUGCCCAUGUGGACAGUGGGCCUGUGUAUCCAGAGACUAUCUGCUCCCAUACCAAGCUGGUGGCCAACGAGUCGGUACCCUUUGAGACCUCCUGUCGCUACAUGACAGUGCUGUUUUAUUUGAACAACGUCACCGGUGGGGGCGAGACUGUCUUCCCUGUAGCAGACAACAGAACCUACGAUGAAAUGAGUCUAAUUCAGGAUGAUGUUGACCUCCGUGAUACUCGGAGGCACUGUGACAAGGGGAACCUGCGUGUCAAACCCCGGCAGGGUACAGCAGUCUUCUGGUACAACUACCUGCCUGAUGGGCAAGGUUGGGUGGGCGACGUGGACGAUUACUCCCUGCAUGGGGGCUGCUUGGUCACUCGCGGCACCAAAUGGAUAGCCAACAACUGGAUCAACGUGGACCCCAGCCGAGCACGGCAAGCCCUGUUCCAGCAGGAGAUGGCGCGUCUGGCCCGCGAAGGUGGCGCCAACUCACAACCUGAGUGGGCCCUGGACCGGGCCUACAGUGAUGCGCGCGUGGAACUCUGAGGGGAGGGUCAGUCCCAGCCCUCAGUUGCGGGUCUCACCCAAAGUCGCUGGUGCCCAGCUGGUCCCCAUGUACUGCUUCAGAUUCAAGUUCUGGCCGAUGUCUUGUCCCACCCCUGCCUCCAGCCGCGAUUACGGCGCAGAAAGUAUAUUCUUGUUAUUUAUUGUGUACAGCUCCUAUGCUGCUCAGUCAAAUAAAAUCACAGGGCUUCGAGUUGCCUGGCCAACAAGCUCCAAGUCGG